ACAUCAUAACUCAGCACCACUUUCCAAUAUGGCGUCUAGCCGGCUGCCGGAGAGGGCUGUACCGGAGGAGCCUUUCUGCGCACACAAAUACUCUCUGCUGAUCAUCACCGGGCCGAUUAGUCACCCGGACCAAGCAGGACUCAUCCACAGAGAGAUUGAACGAGGGGUCCGGUCGUGGGACGUGAGCCUGAGGUCGUGUAACCUGAGCCUCUACCUCCAGGAGUUCCUCACCCACCACAUCGUGUCCCUGAAGGGCCCAGGUCACAGGUGUCUGCGCCACAGCACCAGUGUGUUGGACACCCAGGUGCUGAUCAGCCCCGCCCAGGAGCAGGUGCACUCGGAGGUAUGCAGCCUGCUGGACAGUGAUUCUGCCCACAAGCUGCUGGUGGUGGCCGGGCAGAGUGUCGAGGAGACUGGGGAUCUGCUGUUACACAGGGGGCUCUUCUCCUCCCAGCAUCUGAGGAGCAUCCUCACAGAGCAGCUCAGCGACAGAGGAUCCUCCCCUUUCUCGCGGAGGCGUUCCUCCAGGUACACCCUGACCCUCAGCUGCCCCAACGUGGGCACCUGGAGGGACACCUUCUCGGGCAGCCAGCCGCCGGGCCACCCCACCCUCCGCAUCAACCCCCCGGAGGUGCUGCCCGCCAUGGAGGCCCUGGGGGAGUUCACGUCCCUGGUGACGGGCUCCCUGCACCCCUCGUCCCCCUUCGAGGUGCUGCCCCCGCCCGGCACGGUGGGCUUCCUGAAGCUGUCACGGCCCUGCUGCUACGUGUUCCCGGCCGGCCGCGGCGACUGCGCCUUCUUCGCGGUCAACGGCUUCACCAUGCUGCUGGACGGGGGCUCCGACGCCCAGGCCUGCUUCUGGAAGCUGGUGAGGCACCUGGACCGCGUGGACGCCCUGCUGGUCAGCCACAUCAGCACCAGCAGCCUGGCUGGGGUCAACACCUUCCUGGAGAGGAAGGUGGCGGAGAUGGAGCUGGGCGGGCCGGACGGCAAAGAUGACCUGACGAAGAGGCUGAUCUCCCCAGAGCUUGGCGUGGUGUUCUUCAACGCCCCCUGCAGCCUGCACACGGACCAGCAGCCAAGUGUAGACAGUGUCCUGAAAAGUGCAGAUCAGACGACUUUGACCAUAAGGUUGCUCAAGAAACUAGAAAUAGUUCCGCAGCCGAUGUUCCGACCAGCAGGGGUCCCCAUCGAGCCCAUGACUCUGUUCCAGAAGAUGGGCGUGGGCCAGCUGGAGCUCUACAUCCUCCACCCGGGCAAAGCCAGCCCGGAGUACCAGGCGCUCAUGCAGAGCUGGCCCGACCGAUCCAACCCUUCCUCCCAGACCCGAGCUCUCCCCCUCCCAGCCCUGACCUCUGUGUGCGCCCUCCUGGUGUGGCACCCGGCCUGUCCUCAGGAGAAGGUGGUCAGGGUGCUCUUCCCUGGCGCCACUCCACAAGGGAAGCUCCUGGAAGGGCUGGAGAAGCUCAGGGGCCUGGCCUUCCUCCAGAAGCCCACCGUGACCACCGGGGACCUGGAGGUGCAGAAGGAACACAAGCAAGCCAAGAGAACGGCCAGCCAGGACAGUGUGAAGGAGGUACCUCCGAGGGUGGGUAAGGAGGAGGUGAAGGAAGGCCUUGCUAAAGAGAAAGCGAAAGUGGUGAACGGUAGUGCCCUGAAGGAGGAGGGGAAGAAGGGGCCGGAGAAAAACAAAGUCAGAAACGGAAACGUCAAGCCGAAAUCAGCGACCACCGAGAAGAACGUGGUGAAGCAAGGAGGAGGCAGGGAUGUGAAAAAAGACAAGGAGGCGGGGAAGAUAGAGGACAGCGGUCCUAAGAGACGGGAACAAGGGAAGAAGGAGGUUCCGCCCUCCAAGCCAAAGAACGAGAACAAAACGAAACCCAAAAAGGAGGCGAAAAAAGACACUAAAACGCUAGGUAAGAAACCUAACAAACCGUCAGGAAAAGAGAUAAAGACAGGUUCUAAUUUGAUGGCCAAGAAAGCCAGCCUGAAUAAUGAACUCCAGAAGACAGAGUCGGCUCCUUCCAACACAGAGGAGUUGUCCCGAACCCUCAAGGCAGAGAGCCCUGCCGAGGAGCCCAAGAGAGAAAACCCCUCAAACCAGAACCACUCUGGAUCCAGAAGGUCCACCCCUGAAGACAUCACAGAGGACCUUCUCAAGCUUCGGGGAGAAAGCGUGCGAGAGGUGACCAUCAGUGAAGUCGGACAUGACUCCGAGAUUAUAGGAGUUCCAAUUGGUGAGAGUGAGACCAAGAUGCUGGUUCUGGAUCAAGACCGAGCUGUAACCUCCCUGACAGGGAAGGGCCCCGCUGAGGUUACGGCCGAGAAGCCAGCCAAGGCUGUUAGAGUCGAAGGCUUCCCCGGCCCUUUAAACAUGUGCUCCCAGAGCGACCAGACAGACCUGACCCCGACGGAGUACACCCUGCUGGACGGGGCCCUGAAGAGCAGCCCUCCCUCCGGGUCCUCAGCGGACAACCCGGUGACGGCCAGCCCGGACGAGGCCACGGUGGGGCACACCUCCUCGGAGUCUCGGCCCAACAGCGCGGGCCACACUCCCUACUGUCUGUCCCCCGACGACGUGUGGUGCAACAGGGACAAGCUGAGCCGACUCCAGGGCCAGAUGGCUCGCUCGGAUGACCCGACUGACGCCCUUCAGCCGUCGGUGCCUCCGGUCUCCGCCGUCGACGGUCACCAGGGUGAGGGCCAAACCACGUUCAACCCGAGGGAGAAGAACUUGACCACCCUCUCUCUGGGAACCUUUAAAGAAUCGGCGGGCCCUGAUCCGUCGACCUCCGUCACCACCACCACCACCACGCACUCCAUGCCGGCCGAGGCCAUUUCCCCCCAGUCGACCGAGGUGGACGAGUCCCUGUCCAUGUCCUAUGAGAAGGGCUCGAUCGCGGUCAGCCAGCGCGACGGGGAGGACAGUCUGCACCACUCCGUGUCCAACGGCAGCCACUGCGUGGACACCGAUUUUAGGGUGGGGAUGUCUUUACCACUGAAGAAACCGCCCCGCUCUCUGGGCCAGGGUUUGGAUAUGGGAAGGCCCCCAGGCCACGGCAACCUCCAUUUUGAGUCGGAGGCCCAUGAUGUGGACCUGUGUCUGGUUUCGCCGUGCGAGUUCAAACACUUCAAACCGACGGACCCGGCAUCAACAGCCGGUGACCGGCAUGAGGGGAACGCUGUGGUGGUGGGCCCCCAGCACCACGGCAACAACAACAGCCAGCGGGACAUGUCGCUCAGCGAAUCAAACGCCCCCCACUGCACCGAAGACUGCCCCUCGACCACGGCGGACGGGGGUCUGGAUUCAGACGAGGACGAGUCGUGCAGCGAGCCCACCAGCUCCCUCCACGACCCCCACACCCACCAGAUCCUCCCUCCCGACCCCCCGCCGGCCCCUUUGAGGGACGGACCCCCGCCGCCCCCGCAGCCAGACUCCUGCAUGCCGGUUCCUCAGUCGGACCCCGAGGUCCACGGCAGGGGGGCCAAAACGGCGGGAACGAGAGGGAAAAAAUACACAGGGGUAUCGGAGGCCUCCCUCCGGGCCGGGCCGACAGGAGGGUCAGCCCAGGGAGGGAAGAGCAGGGGGGCGGGGGGGCUCGGCGGUGGGCUGGGGAGAGGACCCCCUCGUACCUCUGGAACUAAGACCGCACCGGCCAAAGCUUCAGCCAGCCCUGAACCAGGGCAGCCGGGCUACGAGGGGCCGCUCAGCGUGCACGUGGACCUGGCCUACCUCCCCUCCGGAGCGUCCUCCGCCACGGUCGACGUGGACUUCUUCACACGCGUGCUCUCCUCCUGCUACAUCAUCAGCGGGGACGGGCCGGAGAGGGAGGAGCUGAUGAGGCAGACGCUGGACGCGCUGUUGGACGGCAAGGCCACCUGGAGCGAGGCCGCGCAGGUGACGGUGAUCCCCACGUUCGAGUCGGCGGCCAUGCAGGCCUGGUACCAGCAGACGGUGGAGCGGCAGAAGGAGCUGGACGUGGUGGUGCUCGGCUCCAACAGCACUGUGGCCAUGCAGGACGAGACCUUCCCCGCCUGCAAGAUCGAGUUCUGAAGGGAGGGGGAGGGAGGGGGGGGAGGGGGAGG